UGAUGUUAAUUAACAUUGCAACACUAAAGAAGCAUAGACGUAUUAUUUAAGAAAAAAACAUUAAUUAAAAACAGAUCUCAAAAAGAUUAAAAAACAUGAACAAUGCGAACAAUUAUCCACAGGCUUCAUUCACCUUUUGUCUUAAUCAUUGGCGACUGGUGAAAUGCCUGGUUGACUGGUGGACUAGUGGAUUUGUUUACACAUUAUCAUCAUUAUCUCCUGUCUCUUUCAGUGUUUCUACACCCCUAAAAGCCAGCUGAUCAAGAUCGAGCAGGUGAAAGAGGUCCAGAACAUAAAGGACUUCCUGACCAACAUACUAGGACAAGUGGUGACGUGCCAUCCCAGGCUGGGUGAACAUCCUGAAGACGUGAUCAUGAAAAAGAGAUACGAUCGGCAUCUGGGGCAGCAGUACCUGUUGUGGCCCAGCCUCAUGCUGAUUGGAGGAUGCCUGCUAGUCGGAUUGGUGAAGCUCACCCAGUUCCUGGCUCGACUUUGCACUGAAAUCAACAAGAGAAAGGGGAAUCAGCUCUAAUUUGCCAUCAUUGUGUAGUCAUUCCCCCCUAUGCAACCUAUUUCUAUGAGCGAUAUUUUCUAUCAGGGUAUUUUCAAGGUGAACAAAAAAAACAAUUAAAUUAAGUUGUGUGGAAUUACUUGUUUUUUUUACGCAGGUGGGUUCUAUUCAAUAGCAGUAAAUCCACAAAGAAGAGAUCUGCUUGGGGCUGCUUAUUUACACUUGCGUCUCUCCGCUGCGGCUUGUUUUAGUCUCGUUACCGCCUGCUCCCGUCAAAAAUCUCUUGUUUUAAUCCCUUUUCUGCCAAAAAUCAGAUGUCUUAGUCCUGUUAUUGCUCCCGCCUGCACCCCACAUUUUUUAAAAUAUUUUUUUCCCAUUUUUCCCAAUUUGGCUAGGCCAAUUGUCCCACCCAUUCAGCUGCUAGUCAACUGUAUAUCCCCCAUCACUAGUGAUGCUACAACACAAGGAGGGUGAAGAUCAGCACAUGCCUCCUCCUCCUCCUCCUCAGCUUAGAGACACCUUGUGCUGAUCGAUAUCGCUCUAAGAGUGAUGUAGUGAAAGAGCACCAUCUACCCACUGGAAAUAACAAGGACAAUUGUGCUCUCUCAGGGCUCUGGCAGCUGAUGGCAAGCUGCAUGACCAGGAUUUGAACCAGCAAUCUCCCGAUCAUAGUGGCAGCACUUUAGACUGCUGGGCCACUCGGAGCCCCCUACACAUACACGUCUGCUGCUCCCACCCGCAGUCCUAAUAUCAAUGCAAUUAAUCAAAUUUAGUGCUUGAAAUGAACUUUUCCCAUUUCUUACCUCAGUCCAAACAGAUGCUGUCAGGUGAUCUGAAAAUGCUGAAAUUUGAAGUGGACGUUUCUGAUAAAAUAACCUAAAGUGUAAAGUCCUAAUAAGUCUAAAGUAAGCAAACCUACUAGACAGAUAACUGUGUAGGUAGAGGAUGAUCUGAAAUCUGAAUAAACUACCAGUUGUAAUAAUGGUCCCAUUGGACAUAAUUACUUCCUAGCCUGGCUGGGGCUGUUCCUAUAGAAACCCCUGCCUGUAAUACUUAACCCAGGCGAAAACAGGCCGCUCCCAAAGUGCCCUCCUUGGCACUACACGGCGUGUGAACUGGAGACGGCCAGGAACCACAUCGCUUCUCUUAGUUUGGUGCUCCAAUCUGUCCUGGGUCGGCUGGGGUCAAGCAAGCAUGCUCCUGAGCUCGUCCCCUCGAGGAUCCUUCAGCGUGCCCGUUCACAUCAACCUGCACAACGCUCGGCGGAGGCGGACACGGGAUCUGAUGCAAUCCCCCAACAGUUCUCAGUGGAAAAGAGGCAGAGCUGGAGAGAAGACCAAGAGUCAGGCUCCUGUAUCCAGCGUGGGAGAGGAGAGAGCUCUGCUUUUGGGAUUCACCAUGAUUGCAUUCUCCAUCCUCAUGUACUUUGUGGUGGGAAUUGUUGUUGUCAAGCCAAGUUUCCAGAGUGACUGGGGAGAGGCCACCAACUGCUCACUGAUCCAGGUUGACCUCUUAAUGGGCUUGAACAGCUUCCCAUGUCUGCAGGUCUUCGUGAACAUUACAGCUGUGGACAAAAGAGCACGUCUGCAUUACGAUGAAGUAGUGGUGAACCUGAACCCUGAGUGUUUCUACACCCCUAAAAGCCAGCAGAACAAGUCCGAGCAGGUGGAAGAGGCCCAGAACAUAAAAGACUUCUUGGCAAGCAAACAAGGGCAAGUGAUGAAGUGCCACCCCAGCAUGGGUAGGCACCCUGAAGACGUGAUCAUGAAAAAGAGAUACACCCGGCCUCUGGCGCUCCAGUGCAUGGUGUGGCCCAGCCUCAUGCUGAUUGGAGGAUGCCUGCUGGUCGGAUUGGUGAAGCUCACCCAGUGCCUGGCUCACCUUUGCACUGAAAUCGACACCAGAGAGGGCUGCGGGGAGGGGGGUCAGACCACACAGACACAGGGCAAACUUUACCACCUGCUCAGGUGCAGGCCGGGGAGUCCCAGCAUGGAGCAGGACCCGGGCAGCUAGCGUUCCAUUACUGUCUGGUACGUGUGAAGACAUGGCAUUUGGCUGUUGUCAGAUGUUAGAGAUGCUGGUUUAAAGGCAGGAGACAAAAGGAAAUGUGUCAGGACGUAUCAUGCA